CCAGACUCUGCCGGGUAGCCGUUGUUUCGGAAGAAGCCGUUAAGCAUGUCAUAAGUUGUAGCGCAGGGAUUUGUCAGCGCUCCGGUUGCGCAAGUUUCACCAGUGUUUCCGUCACUCUGUGAAGGCAUAACAAGUGAAGUGUCUCGAUGGAUAUAUGCUGGCUGUGUGUUGGUCUUGCUGGGACCGCAGUUUAUUUACUAGUGCAGUUUUUACGCUUCAUCUUCGCCGACGCUGAUCUGACUUUGUUAUGGGCGGCCAGGUUCGGCAAAACACCAGAGUCAAAGUUCCGAGGUAAAGUGGUGUGGAUUACCGGAGCCUCCAGUGGCAUCGGGGAGGAGCUGUCUCUUCAGCUGGCUGCGAUCGGCACUCGGCUGGUUCUGUCUGCACGCAGGGAGAAUGAGCUAGAGAGGGUGAAGCGCCUUUGUUUAGAGCGCUCCUCUUUAAAGGAUGAGGAUAUUCUUGUUCUGCCAUUGGAUUUAAUGGACCGCGCAUCACAUCCAGAAAAAACUGCAGCAGCUCUGGAGCACUUUGGUGAUAUCGAUGUGUUGAUAAACAAUGGUGGCCGAAGCCAGCGUGCUCUGUGUGUUGAUGCUGAUGUCGAUGUGUAUCAGGCUCUUAUGGAGCUCAACUAUCUUGGCACCGUGUCCAUUACCAAGCAGGUGUUGCCCCACAUGAUCCGCCGUGGCACUGGUAUCAUAGCAACCGUAAGCAGCGUUGCCGGCUUUGUAGGGGCACCCUUAGCAACGGGGUAUGCGGCAAGCAAGCAUGCACUGCAGGGUUUCUUUAAUUCUCUAAGAACUGAACUUUCUGAUUGUCCAAACAUCCUGAUCAGUAACAUCUGUCCCGGACCUGUAAUAUCAAGCAUCGUUCAGAACGCCUUCACUGAGGAGCUGGGAAAGCCAGUGGCCACAGCUGGUGAUCAGACACAUAAGAUGUCAACUGAGCGCUGCGUUCACCUCACUCUGGUGGGUCUGGCCAACCGUGUGAAGGAGAUGUGGAUCGCUGAGCAGCCCUUUCUGCUCUUCUGCUAUGUGUGGCAGUACACUCCAACACUGGCCUGGUACCUGACUAAUGUUCUGGGCAAAAAACGUGUGCAGAACUUCAAAGCUGGAGUGGAUGCAGACUCAGCAUACUUCAGCAAGCCUAAGGCCAAGACAUCUUGAAAAUCUACUUAACAAUUUGCAAUGAGGUCGGCACUGAUAGCCUCGCUGGCAGUGUGUCUUAAAGGUCCAGUGAAAUGAAAACAAGCAUAUCUAAAAAGCUUGUGUGCUCCAAAAUUCACAUUUACAAAAUAUAAAACUCAUAUAAACAUCCAAAGCUCCCAGUUUAUUACUUCUGCCUAAAUCUUAGGUCUCAAACUUGAUUCCUAGAGGGCCGCAGCUCUGCAGUUUUGCUCCAACUCUAUUAAACACAGCUGAUCCAAAUAAUUGAGGUGUUCAAAAGAGUCAUGAACAGCUUCAUUAGUUGGAUCAGCUGUGUUUGAUAGGGUUGGAGUAAAACUGUGCAGAGCUGUGGCCCUCCAGGAAUUGAGUUUGUGACCUAUGGCCUAAAUGGAUCAUACUUUUUUUUUUUUUUACAGCA